CAGGCAGAACCAGUGGGUGUGAAUAGCUCUGUGUACUGGCCUGUGGAAGGAACGCAAGAUCACCAGAAGGGAGUACUGCAGGCCCUUGGGGCUGUGCAGAUCCUGAAUGGAGUGGUGGUUCUGGCCUUGGGUGUGUUCCUGGGUUCCUCACAGUACCUGACUCAGCUCUUCAGACACUUCUUUCUCUUCACGUUCUACACAGGGUAUCCACUGUGGGGCGCUGUGUUUUUUAUUGGUUCAGGAUCCUUGUCUGUUGCAGCAGGGAGAAAACCCACAAGAAUGCUGAUGCAAAACAGUUUUGGGAUGAACAUCGCUAGUGCUACAAUUGCCUUAGUCGGAAUCGUUUUUCUCUCAAUACAUCUAGCUGUGAAUAACCAGUCCUUGAAGAGUUGUCCGUCUUCACUGUCUCCGGACUUAUGCCUGUACCUGGGUUCCUCAUCAAAUGGCCUGGUGUCUCUAAUGCUGAUCUUCACUUUGUUGGAACUGGGCAUAAAUAUCUCUAUCUCAAUCAUGUGGUGCAAAGGAAACUGCUGUGAUUCCAGAGAGGAAAUUUCUUCACCUCCCAGUUCCAUGGAAUCAGGAAUACCUCCUAAUGAAGACAAUUCCUAGAGCAUCAAAACUCAAUCUCAAAUCUCCAAGGAGUCAGAGCUUCAUUCAGGAACUCAAGAGAACAUAAGCUGAUGAAACUCAGUCCUUCUAUCAUAGUACCAAUCACGGGAAACUUGGAGAUUUGACUCAAUC